AUGCUGCCUCCCCCCCUCGUCGUCGACAUCCACACCCACAUGUACCCGCCCUCGUACAUCAAACUGCUCUCCUCACGCACCACCGUCCCCUACAUCUACCAACCCACCACCGAAACCAGCCCGGAUGCCGACCCCCGACUCAUCAUCCUCGCCUCCGACGACGACCCGUCCCGCCCCAAGUCCUCGCGUGGCCGCCCCGUCGACAGCACGUACUCGUCCUUCGACCAGAAACGCGCCUUUAUGCGCCGCCACGGCAUCACCUGCAGCGUCAUCAGCCUGGCCAAUCCCUGGCUCGACUUUCUCGACCCGGACACCGCCCUGAAAACCGCCCAGGGUAUCAACGACGAUCUCGACGGGGCGUGUGCCGAGAACAAUAGUAGCAGCUCAGCAACCUCUCACGAGGGGCUGAAGCUCUACGCCUUCGGAUGUCUCCCCCUGUCGGCUCCGGCAACCGACAUCGUCAGCGAGAUCCACCGGUUAAAGACGCUCCCCCACGUCAAGGGCGUCAUCAUGGGCACGACAGGUCUGGGAAAUGGCCUGGACGACCCGGCGUUGGACGACGUCUACUCGGCCUUGGCCUCCACGGGGACGUUGGUCUUUUUGCACCCGCACUACGGCCUGCCCGACUCUGCCUUUGGCGGCCCCGAGGUCGUCGCCAAGUCGGGGCAUGUCCUGCCCCUGGCCCUAGGAUUUCCCCUGGAGACCACCAUCGCCGUGUCGAGGAUGUACCUCGCGGGCGUCUUCGACCGCCAUCCACAGCUGCAGUUCCUCCUGGCCCAUUCGGGCGGCACGCUACCCUUCCUGGCGGGGAGAAUUGAGUCCUGUGUGGCGCACGAACGGGAAUUCGUUGCCAACGGUGGUCACCGGCAGGGCCCCCAGCGUUCCAUAUGGGAUGUGCUGCACACCAACAUUUACCUUGAUGCCGUCAUAUAUGGCCAGCCGGGCCUGAGAGCCGCGAUCGAGGCGGCAGGGAACGUGGACCGGGUCAUGUUUGGAACAGAUCAUCCUUUCUUCCCGCCGCUGGGAGACGACAAGGAGGCAAAGUGGUUGAGCGUCGAGAGUAACAAAGGGGCCAUCGACAGCUGCCUGCCCGAGGACGAGGUCGCAAAGAGAAAGAUAUUGGGUGGAAAUGCCGUCAGGGUGCUUGGUUUAGACUUAUAA